GUUAGUAUUAGUAGACAUACAAUAAAGCUGCCUGUUGCAACAGAUCAUUAAGCUAAGAGGAGCAGCGUUCAUAUUAUUGAUAACAGUUCCAAGUCAAUAUUCUCUAAGUUACCGAAGAGUUUUAUAAUUUUGACGAAUCGUAGGAAGCAUGAUGUUUCUUGUGGCGUCGCCGUGGUUCUUUGUGUCAUGUGCAAUCAUGUUUACUGUCAACAAAGCUCUUCAAAAUGAUUCCCAGGAAAUUACGUUUGUUUACCAUGAAAGGAUAGUUGUUGAACACGUACUCUCUAAUGACCUUUUUCUAAAAGACUCCUGUGCAAAUCGUUGUUCGGCAACCAGACUGAGUCUCUUGGACUGUGCUUGUGAUGACAGUUGCUUAUUUUUCGGCGACUGUUGUAAAGACUACUUAUACUACUGUAGCGAUGAUAGCGAAACAAGUAACAAAAGCUUAGCCGCGUCUAUCAGCCACCAACUCCAUCUUUCUUUAACUGAUACAACCAAACCACGAUGGAGUUGCAUCACAAAUUCUGACAGCACUCAACCAUCUUUAGAAGGAAUAUUAGCAGUGGCAUCCUGCCCGCCAUCGUGGUCUUUUGAUGACAUCAGAAGAAAAUGCGAAAUACCCGGUGCAGUGCGCGAAGAAUUGGUUUAUGACGACAAAGGUUACGUAUACACCAACCAGUUCUGCGCAAUUUGUAAUAUGGAUGUUAUUGACAACAAUACAACAGCAUCAAAUUCUACAUUUUCGUUGUGUGCCAGCUCAUCUGAAUCGACUAUUAAUUGUUCGUUUGAGUUUUUGGUAGAGGACGUCAGUGAGAUAUCCGUUGAACUGCGCCCAUGCUCUCUACGAUUGAUAGACUCGUGCCCACGUGGUAGCUCCGAAAAACUUAUAUUUGGCUGUAGUGCUUAUAUUGAUGUAAUUAUAGCUGGUGCAAAUAUGUAUAAAAAUAGGAUGUGCCUAAAUUGUGACAGGAGUAUAAUAGAAAUAUCUAUUGAUUGGCAAGUUGACGAAGUUGACCUAGAAUGCAGUACAUCCAUGAUAGAUGCUCCACCCAGUUUCGAAAUAUUUUGUUUUCCCAUUCCCGAAACAAACGUUUUCAAAGAAACAUUGAAGUGUAUCGAAAAUGAGUACUACGAUGAGGUAACAAAAAAAUGUCAGCGAUGUGAUAAUGGAACGAUUGUUAGCGAAUCUGAGUACAUGUCGAUUUUAAAUAACAGUGUAGGCCUAUUUGAUUUUACACUACUAGAUGACUUAGACCUAACAUCAUCAAACGAGCUGGGGCCGACUGAAGGCAGCGGUUCUGGCAACCACCAGUAUGAUGGAAUAAAUAAGGAGGAUAAUCGUGGAUCGGUAGAUGACGAAAAGAGUGUAUGUAUUACAUCUUGUAGAUCUAAGACCUUUGGACCAGACAACCAGGUCGACGAUGGAAGCUCUGAUGAGGGUUGGGUUACAUUGACAACAAAUGAUUCAAAAUUGUCAUGCAGAGUUUUGCAAAAUGUUCUUGACAAUGUAUUAAUUCCAAAUUCUGAUUAA